AUGCUCUUUGCCGGGUUCUCCCCCACGUCCGGGCGCUGGCUCCGACUUCCGGCUCGAAAAUCCUUCUCCCAGCGCAUGGAAAGCAUUCAGCCCACUUGGAAGGGAGGCCAAGUGAACUACUCUCCGGACGCCACGGGUGCCACGGGUGGUCUGCCUUUGUUCAAGAUAGCAAACUCCGGCCAAACCGCGCUGAACGCUGGCUCCACCGUGCGGUCCAUGUUGGCGUCCCUCGCUACCCGGGGCCUCCGCGACGAGGAUUUGGACAGCGAUGCGUGGCAG